AUGUCGGAUUUAGACAGUGAAUAUCCGAGAGCGGAAAGUGGAAGACCGUUUCUACCAGAAGAAGAAAAAGAGUUUGUAAAACUCUUCAAUAAACAAAAAUUCAGACCUAGAACAGCUAUUUUAACAGUGUGGUUUGAGUAUCCCAAAAACAUGUUCUUCCAACCGAUACCAGCUAAAGAUAAAAUCACUUUCACGAAUAAUGAAGGUAAAAAGGAAACUGGUAAAAAUAUCAGGUUCAGAAAUGGUUUCUGUCACGACGUUUUAACAUCGGUCGAUAUUCAAGAAAUAGUGAAAGCCGGUGGAAGAAUUAUUAGAAUAUUAGAUGGUAUAGUUUACGAAGAAAAUUUUAAAACUCCACCCUAUGGAGAUUAUAUUUUAAUUUUGAGAGAUCUAAGAAAUAAAUAUAAACGAGAAGGUAAUAUCGUGGGUAGUAAUUGCAUGAAAUUAUUAUGUAAUUCCUUGUAUGGUAAAUCAAUUCAGAAAGAUAUAUUCACAACUAGACAUUUAUGGAAUGAAGCAACUUUACAGGCCAACUUUGAUUCACGUGUUAAAAUCUAUGAGAAAAUUAAUGAUACUCAAUACAUUGUUGAAACAGAAAUUGAAGAAAAAGAGAUUACUACCGAAGAUAGUAAAUCUACACGACUAACAUCUAGUCAUUUGGGAUCAUUCGUUUUAUCUCACAGUAAAAAAAUAAUGAACAAUUUCAUUCACGUCAUAAAUGGAUUUUAUAAGCCCGAAAUAUACUAUACAGACACCGAUAGUUUGUACAUUUCAUCCAACAAUUGGAAAAAACUAAACAGAGCUGGUUUGGUCUCCGAAGAAGACUAUUGCAAAGGUAAAAACGAUUAUGGUGACGGUGGAAUUAUAUUUGGUUUAUAUUUAGCACCAAAAGUCAAAUACAACAUCGUUUUGACUUCCGAUGGUGUUUUAAAAGAAAAGAAAACGUUUAAAGGUUAUUCUAAUGAUAAGAUAAGUGUAGAAGAUUACGUUCAGUUGGCAAGCGGACAUGAUGUAACGAACAAAUUUAAGAAACCAUGGGAAAAAAGUUUCACCAAUGGAGUAGUUAUUCCAAAUGAUAAACAAACUAAAGUUUUUAGAAGUUAUUUGAAUAAUGUUAAAAGAAAACCACCAAACAGUGAAGGAAUUAUGUAUCCUUACAACGACAAAGAUGAGUAUAGUUUUGAUGAAAACUAUGAAUUUGAUGAUUUCGAUUAUCUUACUAUUCAAGAAGAGAAUGAAGAUUGUUUUAAAUGA